AUGGCUAAGAGUGGGAAAGGCCCCAAGGGCAAGAAGAUCACGUUCAACGUGGCCAAGAACUGCAUUAAAAUCACAUUCGAUGGGAGAAAACGCCUCGACUUGAGCAAGAUGGGAAUCACCACCUUCCCCAAGUGCAUCCUGAGACUUAGCGACAUCGACGAGCUUGAUCUGAGCCGGAAUCUGAUCAAGAAGAUCCCCGACUCGAUCGCCAAGUUCCAGAAUCUGCGGUGGCUGGACCUGCACAGCAACUACAUUGACAAGCUCCCCGAGUCCAUCGGCCAGAUGACCAGCCUGCUCUACCUGAACGUCAGCAACAACAGGCUGACCAGCAGCGGGCUGCCCGUGGAGCUCAACCAGCUCAAGAACAUCCGCACGGUGAACUUAGGCUUGAACCACCUGGACAGCGUGCCCACGACGCUGGGCGCCCUGAAGGAGCUCCACGAGGUCGGGCUCCACGACAACCUGCUCAGCAACAUCCCCCACAGCAUCGCCAAGCUCCCCAAGCUGAAGAAGCUCAACACGAAGCGGAACCCCUUUCCCCAGCCGCAGGCAUCGGAAGCCUUCAUAGACUCCAUCAAGAGGCUCGACAACUUGUACCUGGUGGAGGCGAAGGAUCUGUGUGCGUCCUGCCUGAAAAAAUGCCAGCAGGCCCGGGAAAAGCUGAACAAAAUCAAGAACAUGGUCAUGGGGACGCCGAGAAAGGCCAUCUUUAGCAGUCUGGUCUCCCCCAAUUCCACGGCCAAGGAGCACCAGGACGACUGGAGGUGA